ACGGAGAGAGAGAGGAUCAUCUUUGUUACGUUGGCUAAUCUGCUGGUUUUCACAAUACUUUCAGGUCGUUCGGGCUCAAAGAACGUCUUUUGUACUUUACGUUCACCCCGAAAUACGGAAGUACGUUGGCUCGUCCGCAGGUAGCCUCCUUGGGUUCACCCCGUCCUGUCAGACUCGGACAUUUCGGCUGCCGAUACCGAGCUGAGCUAUGUCAACCGUGGACGAGGUCUUUGACAGUUGGGAGGACAUCGAGGAAUCUGGGGUCCUGGAUAAAAAGUUAAAUAACCUCCAGUUGCACGCCUUGGAAGGACUGGAGGAAGUGAAGGCACCUAGGUUGUCGACGAAUCAUAAUCCCGAGACGAGGAUGAUUAUUCUGGGAGAAGAUGCCGUCCGGUCCCAGUACGUACCACCAAAGCCAACCGUUAAAAUCCUAAAGAGACCGACAAGAGAUUCUCAAGGUAGUGGCGACGGUCCUUUAAUGAACGGAGAUAGUAAACCUAAGCAACCGAUAAAGUCUCUGAAGCAGAGAGAACAGGAGUACGCAGAGGCAAGGAAAAGAAUCCUAGGAGAAGAGAGGAGUCCGGAGGAGAGGCCGGUCCAGGAGGUGAGCAAGGUGCAAUCGAAGGCAGCAGUUUCCGGAAGCAGUAGUAGUAGUAGUCUGCCUAUCAACGUAGUUCGCAUGCCCAUCGGACCGGACGGUACCCGAGGAUUCAACGUACGUAGGUAGCGCGCCAGUCAGGGACUUUCCCUCAUUACCCAUCUUUUACCUCUCCUCCUUGCUUCCUGUUACGGAGAGGAGGAGAGGCGGCUAUGAGGCCGACGGGAGUGACGAGCUUUGCGCUACUUAACAACCGGGAACUGUCUCCAACUGGCACUGCGCCCCGAGAGAAGGAAGGCUCGAUCCAUCGAGAAUAUUCGAGGCCGAGAACUAAGGCGCUUCCAGCAUCCAAUCGACUGGAUUCGCGUAAAGGUACCAUUUCAUUAGCGUCUACUUGACGCUGGAAACGAGUGUUACGUGACCAUCAUCUCGCUGACGCCUCAUGAAAAGGGAUCGUAGUGUCAAUAUCGAUCUGAUGCUUGAUGUUCGUUUAAAUGAUCAUUGGAAAGUCUGGUAGCAAAUAUCACUAGAAGUUAAUACGUUUUAACGUCUGGUUGACGCAAAUUAAUUAGCAGUCUUAAAGGUACCAUUCCAUUAGCAUGUACUUGACGCUGGAAACGAGUGUUGCGUAAUCACCAUCUCGCUGACGUCCCAUGAAAUAGCUCUGUAGCGUCGAUACCGGCGUGAUGCUUGAUGUUCGUUUAAAUGAACAUCAAAAAGUCUGGCAGCGAAAAGAGGUUAUGUUGAUACCAGUCUGUCACGCGAUGUUCGUUGAAACGAACUUUUAAAUUUCGGACGCUAAAAAGUCUUACAGUAAAUGUUACUUUCUAGUUAUCACGUUCAAGUGUCCGUUUGACGCAAAUGAAUUGGCACCUUGAAAGAAUCAACGCGUACAUGGAUAAUGGCUUACCAUUGGUUGCGACGGUGCACUCUAAAUGUGGUUUAUCAUG